GACGAUAUUUCACGAGUGCAGGCCCGAAUUUCUGCACGACCUCGUGCUUAAAAUGCGACCAUACAUAUUCACUCCUGGUGACCUAAUCUGCCGACAAGGCGAGGUUGCAAGAGAAAUGUUCAUCAUAGCAGACGGUGUGCUGGAAGUUAUUGGGCGAACAGCAGAUGUUCGAGCAGUAGGGUACGCUGAAUUGUUUGUGCUCUCGCGAGAAGACGUGCUUGGUGCACUUGCUGAUCACCCCGACGCCCAUAUCACGUUUAUUCAGAGACCAACAGAUCUUACUCCUGAAGAUUUAGAAGCCACGGAGGGCAUUGGACGAGAUAGUGUGCUGACUCAACCUGGGGUAUUGGCCGAAAAUCGAUUAUCGAGUUUGUCGGCACAAAGAGACCCAAGGGCGAGCACAGUCUCAAGCACUCCUACGGUCGAAGCUUUUCCUCAGGCCUUCGUUUACAUGUGGGUCUUUGUGACCUGA